AUGACCACGGUUAGAGACAUUUUUUCAAGUACCAAGUCAUCUACAUUUAUAACAAGUGGAAGCUUUGGAGAAGGACUUGAAAUGCGAGGAAGUGAUAUAGAUAUAAUGCAAGUAGACAAAUCUAUUAAGGUGAAUGAGGAUGAACAACACGACUUUGAUCCAAGUAUAACUUGUCUGUCCAUGGAAACAGACGAUGUCAAACCUGGUUUUACUCAAUUAAAACUAGACUAUAGCAGAAGUCAGUAUAUUGUGGAAUUGUGUGAAGAACAUAAUGGUAAACAUUAUUUUUCGAGUGCAUUAUGGAAGGGAAAUAUGUUAAUGUAUAAAGGCGAUACAAUUCAUGGACCGUGUAUAUCUGACAAAGGAGGACUUUUAGAUAAUGCCUUUUCUUUGCAUUGUAAAACGUGGAUAUCUUCUGCUGUAAAUUGGAUAACAAGAUCAAGUAGCUCAUGGCCUAGUCAUAACGUCACACAAAGUAUUAUAAAACACGGAGUACUUUUUGUACCGAUCGGAGUUCACGGGUCACCAAAAGAAGAUCUAGAAUGGCGAGUAUCUUUUUCAGUGGCUGAAAAACUUCUAAUUAAUACAUUUACUCACACCCAGUUAAUUUGCUAUGCUCUCUUGAAAAUAAUUUUGAAAGAUGUUAUAGAGAAUGACUCUGAAUGUAAAGAUUUACUCUGUUCUUAUUUCCUGAAAACAAUUAUUUUCUGGAUAUCCGAAGAACUACCAUCAUCUUUAUGGAAGCCUGGUAAUCUUAUACCUUGUUUUAUGCGAUGUUUUAGCAGGUUAGUCUAUUGUGUCAAGCAUUCAGUUUGUUUACAUUACUUCAUUCCAGAAAACAACAUGUUCGAGAACAAAAUAGAGGGCCGUGCUCGUGAUGUAAUUUUAGACAAAUUAAACACGUUACACAGCUAUGGUUGGCGAUGCAUUUUAUUUACAGAUCAAAUAUCUAACUUUGAUGUAUCGAUGUGGAAUUUUCCAUUUGAACCAUCUACAUUAUAUAUAAAUGACGUUAACAAAAUAGUGCAAUCCAGAAAUUUGCAUUUUGCGAAUUGUUUCUUAGAAACUUAUUCUGAGUUAGAUAUAGUCAACAAAGGAUUAUUACACAACAUAUGGUGUCACCAUGUUUCACUAAAGCAAUUAUAUGCAUACUACAUAUCACAUAGGUGCAGAAGAUUAGCUCAGCGGUUACCACUUGAUGGUUCAAUUAUCAACAAUAAAAACCAAUACAAACAGUACAAAUCCUGUCUAAGUACUCUGCUAAUGAAUCUCUAUCAUGACGCUGUUUCUGGAUGGCUGAUGAUAGCUUCAUUGUUUUACAAAACAAAGCAAUACAGUAAAGCUUUACACAUAAUAAGGUAUUCUAUAUCGAAAUGUACUUCCGAUAAACUGUUCUAUGGAUUGACUCUGUCAGAUAUCCAUUACCAGUCAUUUAAACUAUUGCCAUUCAACAAAAAGAGUGUUGUUUAUCUUCUGAAAAUACUAUUCGUAGAUCUUACACGAUUUCAUGUGAAUUCACCGCUAACACCAUACGAAAUUGUAAUAGAGGGAUGGAACCAACCAUAUUUCUUUCCAUCCACAGCGUAUGCUUUUUGCCUUAGUGCUCUUUGUCAUAAUCACCUCAAUAAUGUUAAACAUUGUCAGGAUUCUAUUCAUGAUUUAAAACUUGUUAUAGAAGAGCAAUAUUUGAUGUCAGAUUGGGGGUAUAAAGCGGAGGCCUACACUUUAUUGGGAAUUGCUUUACAAUUAUUUGGCGACAAGGAAUCCGCACGACAAGCUUUUUUACAAUCUUUCACAAUCUCUCCCGAUGAAUCGCACAAUUCUGCAGCAAGGAGACUUUUGUAA